AUGGACUAUAUUUCGAGUUUUGACAUUCGACUAGCUAAAGAGAUCUACUAUGCCGGUGAGAAGAUCAGUGGAAACGUUUUACUGGAAAACACCGAGAAUAUCAAAAUAAAAGGAAUUCGAGUACUCCUUCGUGGAAAAGUGCAUGCGACAUUGAAGGUGGUCAAAUCCGGUGAGAGAAGGACCAUUAAGGAUGAUCAAUACGUGCUUGAUGAAAAAAUGCUCAUCUGGGGCAAAGGUCUGUUUUUCUGAAC